UUUUGCAUAUCUGCACUACGUUCACGUUAAUUGCAGCGGCAUCAUUUUUGCUCGAUUUCAAAGGAACUUUUUGCGGUGAAAAAGACGAAAAAGUGCUUGCAUUGGUGCGCUAAUGGGUAUAAUCAAUCCUUCUGCUUAAGGAAUGCCAAGUUAUUCAAACUUUUCGUGAUUCUCCUUCAUGGAAUUAGACGAGACGCGGCGCAGUUGAAAGAUUGCAAAUUGACCGACCGACGCACAUGAAAAGUGAAGUAUGGAGGACAUCGAAUAUCUAGACGAGUACAAAGACUUGGUGCUGCCAGGUAUCAAAUCGGGUGCUCCGCCAGCAUCCUCUGCCGGCGUUCCGCGGCAGCGUCGCAUUUCAUCAGACUCCAGCAACUCGUCGUCGAUUGAUGCGGACAUUUUCCAGAAGCUCUUUCACGGCAAGUACCUCGACGACGAACUGCUUAACGAGGGCUCCGGAUCCAAGUCCCAGGACAGACGUCGCCGCUCUCCAACUUCCUCCUCCAGCGACGAGUCCAACGAUGCCUUGGAAGCCCUCUUCCGCGGGAAGAGCAGCCAGUCGAAACCGACAAAGAGGCGCGAACGCUACGAGUCGUUUGAUUCGGUGGACGACCUAGGCGAAGCCCUAAUGCGUCCAUCGCACAAGCUGAGCGUACUCAAGCCCAGUACCUCUCAGGCAAGUUCCAAAAAGUCACAAGAUGUAGCCCCACACAGAAGCAUCAGCAAUAGCAGCAGCAGUAACGUUGGCAAGUCACUGCCUGCUACAUCGAGCCAAACUUAUGCAAGUGCUAAGAACAAGAAAAUCAAUUCUGUGGCCAACAAGACAACACUAUCUGCAAAUGGCGAUAGAUUGGCUUCCGCCAAAAACAAGACGGUAACCAUCGUAAAGCCCCAAAAAACAGAUCUAACGUCUUCGCGGCAUGAGCCCAAAACAGAUCCAUUAACUUUGGGUGACUUAUAUGGGGACUCAGACAGCGAUUCGUCCUAUGAGUACGAAUCGGACUUUUACGGCGAUCGAGACUCCGAUGAAGAGGACGAGCCGGUGAUCGACAUUUCAACGGACACAAGCAGGACCACAUCGGUGGCGGACACUGUGACACCUGUUGUUUCCGACGACGAGGUCCAGGAGCCGAAGAGUGAGCUGAAUCCACGUACUGAGAAUGAUCAGGAGUCUUUUUUGAGCAGCACCUAUGAACGCCUGCAGUUGUACUUGAGUAAUCUCAGUUGCGCCGAGGCGCCGCCAAUUUAUAAGAAACAGAAUAGUGCUAAGAAAUCCCGCUCCAACGAAAAGAAACCCUCUUCUUCCGAACAGGUUAAGCAUGCUAAUGAGCGAUCAGCGGCCAGUGACAAAGAGGCUAAUGAAAAGGAGCGGGAUUUGGAGCCACCGGAGGCGAGUAGCAGUGCUAAAUCCUCGGCCAGCAAGGCCAGCGGCAGUCGCAAGCUGUUUGACGUAGAUGACAAUGUCACGCUUGAGGCUGUGGAGCGCAUGAGUCUUGACCUGGCCGAGAAGAUCUUAGAGAUCGAUGUGGAGCGAUCUCACGAGUUCGAAAAGCGUUCCGCCUCAAAGACGCGUAGCACAUCCAAAUCUAAGAUCCCAGCGGAUCCUAGCACCUCGCAAUUGAGUCACGUGCGCAAGCUAACCUACUCGAGCGAAAAACUUGAUCAAUCGGAACCUUUAGGCACCCAAUUGCGUCGGUCAAAGAGUGAGUCCUUUCCAAAGCGAGGGCGGCCUCGGGGUCAAAAGCAACGUAAGAAUCGUGCAGCGACCACAGAGGAAAAAACUUCUACUGCCCCAGAUGGGGAAGGAGAACCAGUCAAAAGAAAACGCGGAAGGCCGCGCAAAAAUAUUCCAAAGGAGGACCCUACAACAGUAGAGACUUCUAAAAAUCCAAUUGAAGGAUUGGACAAAAAUGUUCCUCUCUCGAUAGAAGCGAUUGAAGAAAGACCGGGAACGGAUACGGUUAAUUUGGAACAGGCAACAAAACAGAAUGAACUAAUUAGCGAGCUAGACAAUGCCAAAGAGCUUACAGGAUCUACAAAUUUAUGCAAGGAUGAUAUUAAAAUGACGUCGAGUCACCACGAAACGGAUCUCAAAUGUGCUCCGGACAGGGUUGCGCUAGACAAGUCUGAGCCUGCGUCAAAGGACGAAGAAGAACCGCUUUCUAAAUUGGACACAUCUACCGAAACAUUUGAUACUGCACAGGAUCACCACGAAGCAUCUGAAAAUGGGAAAAAUCUUAGUGAGUUGGAGGAUAAAGGUUUAGCUUCAGAUAAGGAGGAAACUCAAAAGGAAUCUGACACUGACAUUUUAAUGGAAACCAAUGAUAAUGCGAUAACAGAACUACCUAGGAUGGAAAAUUCAGUUGGAGUUGAAUUACCAGCUGUAUUUGCUGAAGCCAAGGCAGUAUCGGGAAAUAUACUUGAGGAAAGCGACUCGCAGCUGGCUGAGGAUAUUAAGUUGGCUGAAGAGAUCUUAGCGGCUGAGGUUGGUAAGGGAGUUGAAUCCAACGAGGUAUCAGUGGAAUCUGUGCAAGGAGGACAAGAUCCAGUGAUUGAAAUUGUAAAAGAGUUAGAGCAAGAAACAAUUUCAGAACUCGUGCCUGCUCAGACUGAAAAACAAUCUUCAGUUGAAGACCAAAGUAUAGCUGAUGAUGAAAAUCUAUUGGAAGAGCAGACUCCAGAUAAGACUCCAUCUUCUAGUAAGGAUGAACCACCCGCAGAAGAGCACUCUCCUGUUCCAGACCAAGAUCCACUUGUAAAACAGGAAACACCUGAUAAGGAACAAAAUCAAGCGCCCAAAGCCGAGUCUUUGCCUGGUUCUGAUGUUCCAUCUAGCUUAGUCAGUCCAUCCAAGAAACGAAAUCAUUCCUCUCCAACUAAUACCCCCAAGAAAUCGAAGGAACUAGAAGCUUUGCAAAGUUCGGUGCCACGAAGAGCUCUAAGGUCUGACAAAGUAACUCCUCAAAACCAAAGGGUAAGUCGGUCCAAACGGACUCUAAAAACAGAGCUUACACUACUUAUGGAUGAUGCAAUGAGACGAAGCAGUCCAAGGCUCGGGAGGUCGCCGGCGGAAAGCCAUUCAUCACAAGAACGGUCUCCAGUGGAAAAGAAAGUGGCAGUCUCCAAGUUGGCCAAAGACUUAACAACAACGGAAAGGGAGAAAGUAAAAGAGUUAAAGUCGCUUCCUGAUGAGUCUGAAACUAAGGACGUUAAGGAAACCAAAACAACUACAGCAGCAAAUACUUCCAUACUCACCGAAGAAAAACCUAGCUCCAGUAAGACUGAAAUGAAAAAGUUGAAGGGUAAACCGUUGAAGGCAAAAAAAAGUAGUAGGACCCAUGAGACUGAAGUUAACAAGGCCAUAGUAGAUUCCAGUGAAGAGCCAUCUUCGUCUUCCAAGUGUGUUGAAGAAUAUUCAACUUCCAGCGAAUCAGAACAGAAAGACGACUCCUCCUUAUGUCCAAAACCAGGAAUAGAUAGUACCAACCCGGUUUUAGAACAAUCUAAUGCUAUUGAAACUGAUACGGAACAAGUUGAGGAAAAGCGGUCAAGUCGCAGAAAAUCCAGGAGGAUUCGAAAGGAGAAAGGCAAAACUGAGACCGACACACUUUCCGACCAUUUGGACGCCAAGAAAGUUGAGACUGCUUCUAUCACAAGCAAGGACCAGCAAAGUAAUCCUGUCACUGCUAAGGAUGAGCAACAUUCCAGCAGAUUAAGUCGUAAGGAUAAGUCUGUUAUUGAUGCAGCCAAAUCCGAAAAGGACGAAACUCCAGCCUUUAAGUCUCAGUCCACUGAAAGAUCACUAAGUUUAAAUAAAACCCCUUCUGAAAAGGAUCAACCUAAGGAGCAGUCUGGUAAUACAAUCGAAACUGUAGUAGGGCCACUUGACAAGAGGGAUACGUCAAACAGUAAGAAGUUAAUCGAUGAAAAAUAUAAUGAAAGUUCAGAGAGUGAAAUGCAAUCGAGUGACAGUUCUAUGAAAAAGGAGUCCGAUUCUACAAAAUUAUUAAUAUCCAGUCCAGAUCACAUCAUGCAAGAUCACAAAAAUGUAUUGGAUGCAAUAAACGAAGGCGGAGACUCGGAUCCACAUUUAAGGGAGACCGUGGAGGACAGUCGAGAGGCUGAUAAGAAGCCCGAAGAGAACGAUACUAAAAAUGAAGAGGAGGAUAGUACAGAGUUUAAUGCGAAUACAUAUGAAACCAAAUCUUCUUCAGAAAAGGACGCGAUACCUAUUUUAAUAGACUCUUCUCAAAAGUCCACCCAGCUCAGAGUCUCGAAAGCAAAGUCCAAAAACAAGCGCAAGAAAAACGAAAAGAAACCUAAUGAUAGUAUUGCUGAACCUGAUAUUAAAGAUCGCUUAGACGUAAACACAGAAACCAUUCAAGCUACAUGUUCUACAUCUUCAGAGUCCGAUAAAAAGGACAAUGCUAAAUCUGAUGAAACAAACGAGGAACCAAACUCAUCUGAAACAGAAGUAGGAAGAAUAAGGAAACGUAGGCAGGCUGUUACCAUUGAGAAUUCCAAGGAUGAUUUUGAGACUACUCAGAUUAAUGAAAACCAAAACCAAAACAGAUACGCUUUAAAUUCUGAGGAACAGGUACCUUUGCCGGUAAUUUUUGAACCCGAUAUGCCAACUAUGAAAAUUCCAACAAAAACUUACCUAAUGAAUACGAAAAACAAAACACCGUCAUUGGCUUCUUCAGAAGCUCCUGACAAUGACCCCAAACCAGAUGACUUGAAUACCACAUUAAAAGGCGACUCCAAAACUAUAAGUGAUGUCUUGACAACAGAGGCGAUUGAUCUAGAUAAUACUAAUAUUUUAGAAACCAAUUCGACGCAGGAUCUCAAAGAACAUGUAAUUUCUGAUCAAACUUUGUCAGAAAAUUCCGUUAUCAUUCCUUCAAGUACGAAAAACCCGCAAAUUGUUUUUUCUACUACUCCAACAAAAAGCAACGAGCAAACCAAAAACACUUUUAUAACUCCUAAAAAAUCAGCCAAAUCCAAACGAAAUGUUUCAAAGGAGCCAAGUAAACCAGACAAUAGUUCUGAGGAUAGUCAGAUAGCAGCAUCUGAAUCCUCGACAUCUAAAAUCCAAAAAGAACUUAGUUCUCCUACAGCUUCCUGUCGAAAGCUGCGGGUAUUAAUAAAAAGAACUCCCACUUCCAAUUUGCCCACAAGUUCAAGAAAGUCUAUCUUCAAGAAAGCUCCCGCGAAAUCGAAGCGCUUGACCAAAAUUCUUGAGAGCAUGGAAAAAAGCCCACCUCGAGAGCAAUGUGAUAAUAAGUCUCCAAUGUCUUCAGGCAUUAAUCCUGAGGGUGAUCCUGUUGCAGAACUGGAACCCGUUGCUGUUCCUGAUUCUGACAAGGAUCUUGCAACAAACGAAAUCCCUAAUGACAACACGGAUACUGAAUCAAAGCAGAAAGAGGACGAUCCAGAAUUGGAAGUGAAUGACGUUUGCGCAAAGGGUGAAAAUCCUAUUACAGACGAUUCUACUGAGGACGUCUUAUCAAACAAGCCAACAGAUAGCGAUGUUCUGCAGGAUUCAAAGGACGAAGUAUUUAACUCGUUAGCUUGUGCGACUCAAGACGAGGAUGCCUCAGCAAAGGAGUUGACCGAAGAGAAAGUUUCUAAUGAUGAAACCGCUAAAGAUGAAUCUGAAAAAGAAGAAAUCUCAAAAGAUCAAGAACCGGAUACGACGAUGGUAAAAGAGGAUUCUGCUCCCACAGCGAAAGCCGCCGAGGAGAUGGACCUUGAAACAAAGGAUAAUACUAAUGUCAAAUCAGUUGAAGCCGAGCCAGAAACUGAUGUAACAGAUGAUGAGGAACUCGCCCAAAGCCCCAUUCCAGACUUAUCGGAAACAACAAGUGUCACGGAUGAUCCCGAACCCAGCACAUCCAGCGUGGUGAAGCGCAGUUUGCGCAAGCGGGAUGCGGAUUCUUCACAGCCAGAUGAAGCUGCUAAACGAAAGCAACGCCCAGAUAUGGAGAAGUCGUUAACUGGCAAAAAGGAACCAGUUAAACCAGCUCGCCGUCGACAACUCGCUGACGAAGAAGAACGACCAUCCCUUAAACGUUCAAAGAUGGAGUCAGAAUCCAAGUCCUCUGUCCAGGGCAAAUUCAUCUCUAUUAUAGGUAAUGAGACUAUCAUGUCAUCCACAACAGCGCCCAGUUUGGAAACCAAGGGCGAGACGACAUCUCCAGCUACUCGAAAGUCGGCGGUACAGGAGUCCAAGCACGUUGAAAUCAUUAAGCAUGUCAUCCUAGGGACACCAGCCAAAAAGCUUCAUCAUCCUGAUAGUCCAGCUUCGGAAGUUAAGAAGCCCAUGGUGCAAACUCUGCUGAGUUCCACUCUUAGUCUUCACAAACCUUCGGCAGCAGAGUCCAGCAGUCCACUGAAAAUCAGAAAAUCCUUAAAAAAGUUAAAUGCCGAUGAAAACGUGGUUGGCGAUCAGUCGAUCUACAGCAGUUCCAUUGCGUUCCCUAAAAAAACGUCUCCUGUUGCUCCGAGAAAGGUAAAUAUAUCCGUUUCUCUGUUGCAAACGAAGGACACUGAAGUGGACACUUUGACAACUGCUGCAUCGAAGUCCGAAGCAUCACUAUUGACUAAAAAGGCACAGCUUGAAACACAGAAGUCGACCAAGAAAUCUGAGGGCAAUAAGAAAACGGAGAGCAAGAAAAAGUCCACAGUACAAGGCCCUCAAAUGAAAUCCCUAAAAUCAGAGGAAACGGAAUCUUCAAAGAAAACGGUUGCUGCAGCAGUAACAGGGCGGAAACCACUUCCGCAAUUGGAGGUUUCAACGAAACCAGAAAGCAGGAAGUCUGAGGGUUCUUUAUCAGAAUCUAAUCCUCGCAAAGAUCCGUCCCAGGUCCCACGUUUCAGUAAAAUGGAUAGUAGAAAAUCUGAAGGCACAGCUUUAAGUGCUACUGCUCGAAAACGACUUACUCAACCAGAAGUCUCGAAAUCUGAAGCUGCUUCCAAAGCAGCAGAAUCUGACAACAUAGUCCAAGCCUCAAAAAUCGAGGCAAUGUCUAAAGGUCGCGGACCACAAAAAAAAUCGAAAACGGAUCAGCGCAAAUCGAAACCUAAGACUGAGGUUCGUUCCUUGGAAGAGGAAGCUUCUACUGACCCAAUGGAUUCCUCUCGAUCGGAUAUAUCUGAUAACCCCGGAACAUUUGCCGAAAGCCAAGGGAUCUUUAAUAUUCCGGGUCACAUGAACCGAGAUGUCAGCAGCAACAGAUCAUUGGCACCAACACCAACUCCCAUAUCCGACAGACAACGGAAUUCUUCUAAGGAGCGCUUUACGCCUGUUUCGGACCAAAAAAAAGCAAUGAGGCAAUCGCAGACUUUGGUGAAGCCUCGUGGACGAGGCGGACGGAACCAGCAACUUGAUUUAAAAAGGAAGGCCGGUGAUGCGGAAGAUGGUACAGAGGUGAUUAAUCCGAAGAGACCCAGAGAGUUGCAGGAGGAGGACCCCCCUGAGCAGGAUGUUCACGUCCGGGAAUCUGCAUUUGUGGCGUUCCCAGUGAAAAUAACUGCUGCAUCUGCUGUUAAUCCAAUAGCAGUGCGCUCGACGGCUAAUACAAUCCCUCAAAAAGCAAAGCUACGCAAACUUUGCGUGAAAAUGAACCGGAGGCCUUUUAAUAAUUGGCUUCGGAGCAUGCAGGAGAAGAAUGAAACACAAGAAGGAUCUCGUAAUGUAACGUUAUUACCACCGCAUGGUGAAACCUCGGAAACGGAUUCGGCGGCAGAGUCAAUGUCAGAAUCAAUGCUGCAACCACAAGUAGAGUCGGUGGCGGUUACUCAGCCACAGCCUGCAUCCCAGUCCGAUUCUUAUCCAGCGCCAACGUCAGAACUUGAAAAGGAGGAAAGCUCUGCUCAACUUGCUCCCAUUGCAGCUAAUGAGCCACCGGCAAAUAAUGAUUCAUCGACAGCACCCGCUUCAAACAUCGCACCCGAAAAUGAACAGACAGUUAACCCGCCAGCUAAGACAACCUUGAAGACUGCUAUCUAUCCAUUGACUGAAAAACAACUUCCCGACGAGACAGCGUUACUGGAAAGUGCCAGGAAGCUAGCAGAACAGCGAAGGGUACAAAUGUUCCACGCCAAGUCUAUGCCACUUCCUGUACCAAUUCUCGAAGUAAAGUCAGAGCCAGAAGAUGUCACGGAUGAGCAUCCCCCUAAUGAGCCAUUGCAAGCGGUUGCUACAGCACCAGCAAUACUUCCACCAAAUUCGAUUACGGAGGACGCUGUGCCCGCCACUAUUCAAAUCAGCCCAUUGCAUGCUUCCACUUCAUCUAGGCCGCCAGAAUUACAUUCAAUUCCCUCCGCCAGUGCCCCUGAUGGAAACCCCAAUGCCAUUGGGCAGACCAAGAUGUUCUCCUUUCUCUACCCAAAACGUUAUAAGCGAUCCUAUGACGAUGUCGGUCUAGACUUCUGCUGUCCAAACCUCGAUGGACCAAUGCGGGCCAUUGAUUUUACUCGAUUGCAUUCGAAGGCCGAGGUACCGGUGCUGGAAGUCCCGCAGUUCCUGGUUAUAACCACUAAGUUCAUCUCUAAAGCGGAUAAGAAUAUGCCAAGCAAGGUGCGGGCCAAGCUGGAAUUACUGGGCAGGGCUAAGGAACGGGAUUCAACUAAUCUGACCCGUACGGGUAACACUCCGACUGCUGAUGCCACCGCUCCGUCAUCCUUUCCACAUGCGCCCGCUUCGGUUGGUCCGGCAACUCAACCGUUUCCAUCGAUUAUACAUAAUUUGCUUUCGGCUCCCUUGCCUGCACCAGGUUCCUUUAAUAUUCCCACAUGCGUGGAUCCAUCCACCUCCACUCCCGUAGUUCCAACCAGCUCCUCUCCCAGUUGCUUGGAUUCCCUAAGCAAACAGUUGCCACGUGGCACAACGCUGACCAAGAAGUCGGUGCAAGCAGUGGCUACUAUUCCGUCAUUAGCCAGCACCUCGAUUGCACAUAAUAUGGCGCCGUCGCUUAUUCAGUUACCACCGAUUUGCCCCAAGGACAAGCAGCGCGUGGAGCUGCAGGCGAGGGUACAAGUGUUUGACAUGGUGCUCCAGACUCUCAGCCGACGGGCAGCGAAUCUAUCAUUGUCCGAGAGACAGCGGACCAUUGAGGAGAUUGUAAGGACCAGCUCAUUAAUGGCCAUCGACGUGGAUGUGGGUACAAAGCUUUUGGAAAACUAUGUACAUUACUUAAACAAGGCUACCAGUACCCAAAGCAACUCGAUGGCGACAUCCGUUACUGCUAGUCCCUCCAGUUUAGGCGCUUCCGCGGGCUCGACGCUUUCCAAAAGCAUCGUGAGCUCUACGACCGCCUCCUCAGACAUCCCACCGCAAGGGACAAACAGAUCUGGGGAGCAUGUUCAGAUGCGCAGUUCCCUCCCCGCCACCAUGCCACUUUAUGAUGGGGACCACACCAGUGACUUUCAAUUUACCCCCUCUAAAUCGACGGCAGGGCGAAUGUCUGCCUCCACAUCCCACGCAGCGGCAGCUCUAGGAAAGGUGCAGCCACGAUCCACGCAGGGAAUGCAAAAAAGUUUUGCGGGGAACACUAGUCAGUUCGUUAAUCUAAACACAACAGUGUCUAUGCCAGCACCAAGGAUGAAUGCAAAGAAACCGGCGCUGUGCAAAAAGAAAACGUCGCCGGUAAGGACUCUGUCGAAUACCACAUCAUUGCCCACUGCACGAGCGAAAACAAACGCGUCUUUAAGUGCAGUCUUGGGUGAGACUCCUGCUGCCGAAUUCGUAUCCCCCGCCGGAAUGAGUCUGAGUACCACCGGCAAUCCGAAUGUGUUCAUCAUCAAUCACGCGUUGCAGUCAGAAGAAAGCAUCCUGCCUGACUCCAACAGCAGCGUGGGGCACUUGGAAACGGAGAUCAAGGGCGAGCUCGACGACUCUACGGAGGUUAUUAUAUAGCAGGGCAAAGACUAUAAACCAGUUGGAAAGUAUUCUAAGUUACUUUAGCAUAGUUAAUUAAGAGUUAAUUACUUCGUUGAACGCAAGAAGAGAAUUUUUUAAUUCUAUAAUGAAGAAUUUGUUAUACCUUUCGCAACGUCCUGUAAUUUUUUUUGAAAAUAAAUGGUUAAAUAUUUUAUUCA